CCCGGUUUGUUUUGGUUUGUCGUGUUUUGAACAGCUCCCAAUGUAAUUCGAUUUUGUGCGUGAAACCUGUCGUGAAAAUUCACCAAAAUGCAGCCAGACGAUCUCUCGCUACCUCGCGCGGACAACAAAAUCAAGGAAAAGCUUAACCUGCACGUGAAAAAGCGUCUGCUGCAAGAUCCAGGAAAGUGCACUCCGAGCAGUUCAAAAAUUCCUCCGCAAUCCAUUACCUGCCCAGUGGUCGUUUCCCCUUCAGCGGCGGUAGCCCCUCCUCCACCAACACCAAAGACUAAAAAGCAAAAGACGAAACACUCGCCAGCCGCCGCGACAAACACUAGCGCCGCCAGCGGUCACUCCGUGCAACUCACCAUCGGAACGCUCGGCAGUUUGAGCAGUAGACCGACAGAAGGUUUGCUGCUGUCACCGGGAGCAGGAGCAACGGGAGGCAACAGCAACGACAGUAGCUUCAAUUCGGUCGAAGCCGAUCCGGAUGCGUCCAAUGAUGGACAGGCGGGAACCUCCGGUGGGGAUAAGGCCGCGGGGAGCAAAGCGUCGUCCUCGAAGCCGGAUAUCUUCACGAUAAUUUUGAACGAGAAGAAGGCGUCGUUGAUGCGAGAUCCGGAGCAUCUGUGCUUUUUCGAACACCGAGCAGCUGUCACGUGCAAAACGUCAAAUCCAUGUUCGAAAAUCUCCACUAGAGCUCUAUUUACAUUUUCCAUCGAAGAAAAGUAAAGUGAACUGCCUUGCCUGAGGAAGAGGCUGAUA